AUGAACUUUGCUGCCGGCUUCAAGCCUCCGUCAGCAGGCAGUUCUGGACCCGCUGCUGGCAGAGGAGCCACCAUGGAGAACCUGGAGAAGCAGCUGAUCUGCCCGGUCUGCCUGGAGAUGUUCUCCAAACCCGUGGUCAUCCUGCCCUGCCAGCACAACCUCUGCCGCAGGUGUGCCAGUGACAUCUUCCAGUCAGCCAACCCUCUGUGGCAGUCCCGCGGCUCGUCCAGCGUGGCUGUCAGCGGCUGUCGGUUCCGCUGUCCAUCGUGCCGCCACGAGGUGGUGCUGGACCGCCAUGGAGUCUACGGUCUGCAGAGGAACCUGCUGGUGGAGAACAUCAUAGACCUCUACAGACAACAGGAGGCCUCCAGGCUCGGGGACAUAAAGCCAGAGCAGCAGCAGCAGCAGCAGCAGCUGAUGUGUGACGAGCAUGAAGAGGAGAAGAUCAACAUCUACUGCCUCUCCUGUCAGACGCCGACAUGCUCCAUGUGCAAAGUGUUCGGAAAACACAAAGACUGCGACGUCGCGCCGCUCAGCAGCGUCUACACGAGAAAGAAGACUGAGCUGAGCGACGGCAUCGCGAUGCUGGUCGCCACUAACGACCACAUCCAGGCGGUCAUCUCUCAGAUGGAGGAAAUGUGCCGCAUUACAGAGGAGAACGGUCAGCGACAGAGAGAGCAGCUGGCCAUGCGUUUCGACAGUCUGGUGGCCAUCUUGGAGGAGAGGAAGCAGGAGCUGGUGGGGUUCAUCACCAAACAACAGGACGAGAAACUCAAACGUGUCCGGGCCCUGAUUCGCCGCCACAGUGACGACCUGGAGGCCGCCGUCAUGCUGGUGGAGUCGGCCAUUCAGUCGAUGGAGGAGCCACACAUGUCUUUGUUCAUACAGAGCGCCAACGUCAUCCUGGGAAAGAUGGCAGCAGCAGCCCGGGCCUCGAACCUGCAGCGUCCUGAGCUUGGCUACGAGAACAUGAGCCACUUGGUGAUCGACGUCGACGGGCUCGCCGCCAUGCUGAUGAACGUGGACUUCAGCUCCGGUGUGGGAGAUGAUGGAGAAGAGGAUCCCGAAGACGGCGGAGAAGAUUCAGAUCUUGACCUCAGCUCCAGAUGUUAACAGACUACAGCGGUGGCUCGAGUGCCCAUUCGGACCUUUUUGAGGAACUCUGACGUGAUAUAUUCUGAAAGGCUAACAGAAGGGUGGAUGUUUCGCUUUCUGAAUCUCCCUGAUGACCUUAAUUGAUGAACUGAUCAGGGUUUGGCUUGUGUUUGGGUUUGGUUUUAGAAGACACGUCACAUUAGCUAUUCUGCGUCCAGCUACGCCUUUGGCCUCGUCUUCUCUUGUUUUCAUAACGAUACACAUUAGACUGCAGGGCCUAAUUGAAAAUAUUUAGCCUGAGGGACAAAUAAAGGAAGAUUUUACCCAUCUACACACCAUAAAAGAAAUUCUUAAAUGUAUAAUAAGAGUCUCUAAAUAAUAUCAAAUAGAUUACAAUUACUUGCCUUGACAAGGCAGCACAAAUUGAACAAGACAGCUUCACUGUUUUGGCUCAGACCACUGAUUGUAUAUAACAAAGGACGACAGGAGAACUCUCCAAAAGCACAGCUAAAACAUCUGGAUGGCCCCCUGGUGGCUGGCUGCAGUACAGCUCAUAAACCCCUCCCCCUCCAUGUUAGCAGAUGGGACUUUGGCCAAACUAAAAAAUCAUGAUGGUUUCUGUCAUUUUAAGUCAUUCUUAUCACGCUGACGUCUGUUCAGGCGUCCAUUUUUCUGAUCAUUUUGGUUUAAAUCAGUUAUUUGAAGAGGUGAAACGUCAUGAUUGACAGCUAAGGGCUGCUCCUGAUUGGCUCACACUGGUGUGUGGGCAGACUCUGUUCACUACUGCACAGACUUUGGCUCCAAAUGACAUCACCAGAACAAGAUGGCAGCGCUCGUACCCUAGAUAUUUUGACUUCAUUUUUGUACAGCGAGAGAAAGUCAUCCAUCUUUAUGUAUGUCAGUGGUCACUCUCAGUGUUCACAUGACUUAGCAUUAGCAUUUAGCCACUAAAGAGCCUGAUAUUGAAUAAUGACAGAGCUGAAAGAUGGUGAAUAUCGGACUUACAUACAUCAUGUGGCCAUAAGCACGACAACAAAUGAAUGCUAAUGUUGCUACGUAACUUCUGAAUGUGUAAAGAAGCAACUGUUUUCUAACAAGUUUACUGUAUAUUAAUAGGCGGUGAUGAUAUGGCAGCGUUGCGUUCACGUGUUUCCACUGUGGAUCAGAGUGGAUCUGAACCGAUUACUGCAGCUUUAAGUGCACAGCGUCACAAGACGUUCUGCACUGCACGUAAACAAAAACACCACGUGGUACAUUAUGGCUUCAUGAAACGCUACAUAUUUAAAGUGUGCCACUGAACAUCCUGCAGACACACAAGUUCCUAAAGCCCAGCACUCACACCUCUCAGACUGAAGAAGUGCAAAUGUGUCAGAGCCUGUUCAUAGAUGUUCCUGUCACUCUGCUGAUUAACUGUAAUAUUUGGAAAUGUGCACAGGCUGAAGUCAGCAGCAGCAGCAGCUAACUGCGUAGCGUACAGCAGCGAUGUGUGAAAACAACUCUAACGAGAUCACUUACAUA